GAUGAUGAUGCCUCGUUGCCGUCAACUUUGCGGCCUUAAAAUAUUUAGCAUUAUCCUCUAAUUGGCCUAAUGGUUUACCAACUUAUGUAGCCACACAAUUUGCUUCUACUAUAAAAACAAUAAGCACCCAUUCCCUUCUCAAAAUAUUGUCAAAAGAGCUAGAGUAUCAACGUACCACAAUUCCUUGUUUUGUGUACAAUUGCUUUCUGUUCUUGAUUUUACUGUCAUGGGUAUAUUCUCUCAUACUCUUAACAAGGGAAACUGCGAUUUAAGCGAUACCCUUUUAGGAAGCCAACGCCCUAUAAGGAGACAAAGGGUCAUGACUUAUAACGUCGUGAACGGAAGGCAUAUCAAAGGCAAAAGGUGCAAAAGCGUUCUAAUGAAGAGAAGAGUACGCGUAGAAGGUUCUAGAAGGUCCGAGAACGAGAUUGGAAGGAAGGUUAGGGUACUCAAGAAGUUGAUUCCAAACUGUGAUGAUUUGGGCUUGGAAGGGCUGUUCAGAGAGACGGCUGAUUACAUUUUGGCUUUAGAAAUGAGAGUUAAGGUCAUGCAAGUUAUAGUAAAUGUGUUGUCACCUUCUAAUAGUGACUAGGGGAGUCAAUCAUGCAUUAUCUUGAUCAUUUGUUUGUAAAGGUUGACACCCAAAAACAAGAAAAGAAAAGAAAUUCAAGCAAUAUUACUUUAUCUUCUUUUUCUUUUUUUCCUUUUUUAAAAUUCAUUAAGAAGGUUCGACUUCUCAAAUUCUUUGGGAAGAUUAAGGUAGAAGAUGCUUUUAGAAGCGUGGAAUUUAUGAUACAAUUUCACGUUGUGUAGCCAUUUUGGUCUUAGUAAGAGCUUGGUCAUUGUCGAUCUCUUUAAUUUAUUGUGUGAAAAAUUAACUUAAUAUACAGGACAUUAUUCCACUUAGUGAUUUAGCUGACAUAGUUUUCUUUGUUCA